AUGGCGUCCGGCUUCGGGUUCCCGAUACUGUCACCAGCGGAGAUCGCGGAGCAGCUGUUUCAGUACGGGAUCGCCCCCAUUGCCAACCUCCGCCCCGAGAACAUCGCCAGCCCGCAGCCUGACUUGCUCCCUGGCGUCCUCGCCCGCUUCUUCGACUCCUUCGUCGAUGCCCCCGGGGACGGCGAGGAUGGGCUGCUAGGGUUCAGCGACCUGGAGGUGCUGGACAACCCGGAGCACCACGCGGAGGCCAUCCGGGUGCUACGCCUCUACAACAAGUCGCAGGCCUUCCUCGACUCCAUCCAGUUCAAGGACUUCACACUCGCCGACUUCACCCGCCCCACCCCGCGCCGCGUCGUCGAGGUCCUCAGCGCCCUCAUCAACUUCCUCUUCUACAGGGAGGAGAAAGUCACCCUCCUGCAGCCCAUCGUCAGCGAGACCCCCGACUACCACGAGCGCACUCUGGAGCUCAAGGCCAGGAUGACCCAGCUUCAGAAGGAGAUCGCGGAUCAUGAGCUCGCAGAGCAGAUGGAGGAGCCCAUGGCCCAGCAGCUGGAAGCAGACGUCAAUGCUCUGCAGCAGAAAGUUCAGGUUUACAACAAGCAGCAACUGGCCCUGCGAGCAAAGGCCGCAGCCAUCAAUGACAAGAAAGAGGAGAUUCACAGGAAGAUAACCCAGGCUGAUUUUGAGUUGACUAAACAUGCCCAAGAAAACUCCAGAUUGAUGUCCAAAUUAGUAAAGUCCCCAGAAAAAGUUCAGAGGGCCUUGGAAGAGAAGAAAUCAGCCCGUGCUAAGUUGAAAGAGUCUGAGAAAAUAGCAAUGCAAAAUGAUCAAGAGAAAUCUGCCACUUUGGAGAUACGCAAUAAGGCUCAUGAAAAACUGACGAAGCAACACUCUAAAAUCCAGGAUGUACAUGAACAGCUUGUUGCUGCUAAAACAGUUGAAAAGGAAGUUAAAGCUCGCAAAGCGAAGCUUAAUGAUGAAAGUGUAUCAGUUAUGUCAUUUGACGCACAGAUUGUUGAUUGGCAAGGAAAAGUACAUGAAAUGGAGGAGCGUCUCAAGGGGAAAGUGAAAGAAAGGAAUCAAAUAAUAGCAGAUGAAAAUCAGAAGCUGGGCGCUUUGAGCUCCGAGAUUGAGGGUAAACUGCAGUGCCUUGAACCUAGAGAAAAGAAAGUAGAGGCAACGAUCGCUAAGGCUUCAAAUUUGUGUUCGGAAGCUGCUUCAGCAAGGACUGCUGCCACAGCAGAACAGCAGAAAAUUCGUUCAAAAUUCAACAGCAUUGUGAAGGCGUUCAACACCUACAUGGAUAGCGUCGACCCUUUCCUCGAGCGAGUUGAGGAGGUUGGCAGGCAAUCGGCAGGGGAAGGCGCCUCUGCCCCUGAUCCAUCUGCCGCCGUCACAACAAAAACCACACCGAGAGCCAGCGCAAUGAGCAAGAAGAGGGCUAGGAAAAGGACAUGA